AUGGAAAGGGUCGAGAAAGAGAUUUCUAGAAAGAUAGAUUUGUGUCUUUACGGCGAAGCACUUCAACUAAUCCAUUCUUUCCCUUUGUCAUAUGAAUCUGGAAUAAGUAUCUAUCCCUACAAAGGGUAUGUUCUAUAUCUUCAAAGAAGAUACGAAGAAUCUGUUACUUUUCUAAAAGAUCUUCUGAAGAGGUUUCCAUCUAAUAUCAAGGCCAAGAGAUUCUUGUAUCUAGGACUUCUAACUCUAGGAGACUUCGGUUCAUCUUUUAGAAUUGCAAAAGAAUGCUGGAUUGAUGGGGAUUAUAGAAGGUCUACACUCAUCCGGAUACUGGCACAUUCUUUUGUGCUCAAGGAUUUUGAUUUCCUUGGGAGGCUCGACAUGCACUGCGAUGAGCCUCUACUCCUGUCAAUGGGUUAUAUAUACUCUGGAGAGUUAGAGCGGGCAGUGGAGUUAAUGAGAAAGAUCAACGAUUCCCACGGCUCGGAAAUAUAUCUUGACUCGCUGAUUUCUGCCAAGACUAGGUCUGUAUAUAUGCUGGAUUAUGUAAGGUACUUGGAUGAGGAGAUUUUCAUCAAGGCAAUAGAGAGUCUUGAAAACAAACUGAAGGUAUUUGAAGGAGUCGAAGGAGAGGGAUGUGAUUAUGUGGACAGUAAAGUAUUACGUAUAGCGAAGAAGGUGCUAAGUAGAGGGGAGUACGAAGUUGUAGAGAAAAAUAUUUACCAUGGAAAGAAAAUGAAACAUUGCUGCCAAAAGGAAUGUGUAAUAGGAAAACUUAGAGCCAGAGCAGAAGAGGAUAUGCUACUCCCUAAAAAGGGUUUUCGGAAACCAAAAGGGAGAUACUCCGAGCUAGAAGGUAUAUUUGAAGAGAUAAGAAAUGGAAACAUAGAACAUGGAUUGGAGAGCUUGAAAAGAACAUAUGGGAAAGAAACGAUUGGCGAUCUCGAGAAACACUUAAAAGAUGGGCAAAACAUACUUGUCCUGAACGAAGUAAAAGAGUCCUAUUUGAGGUACAGAAAGAAAGAGAAGGCAUUACAUUAUGCCAAGCUUGAGAAAGAAGCACAGUCGUUGCGUGUGCGAGACACAAUUGAAUGUCUGGAGAAGCUCAUGGACGAAAGCAUGGUUAGAGAGAUUAUUGAAUUUCUUGAAUUAGAUUUAUUUGAUAAGUAA